AGAGAGGAAGAGAAUUCCAAGCAGGUUCCACCUUGUCAGUGAACCAUGAGAUCAUGACCUGACCUGAGAUCGAGAGUCGGACACUUUACCAACUGAGUGAGCCACUCAGGCACCCCUAAUGCUUGAAUUAAUAUCGGCAGGGAAAAUUUUAAUCCAAAUCCACACUGUUUACAAAAAGAAACACAAUUUCCAUCAUCCUGUCCUCUAACACAGGAGUGUCAGGAAUGUGGCUUCUGUAUUGUCACUCCUGUCUGUUCCCAUGGCAAACCUUGCUAAUGGCUAUGGACACCUUCCACCCUGUACUUGCCCUCACAACUCUUCUGAAGAUGGUAAGACUGUCAUUACCAUCCAGUUUGAAUUGGCACAAAAGAUUAAACCUUUUUGCUAUAUAAAUUUUGUAUACGUAAAAUACACAAAGAUAAUACUUGAGUUUUGGUGGAACAUGCUGAAAUUAUUUUUUAGUGGAAAAUACUUGACCUUUAAUGAUUUUUGUUCAAUGAGAUGAUAUAAAGUUUAGUUAAUUAAGGUUGCUGAAUAGAAAGAAAAAUCACACUCUAAUAAUUAAAAUAUUUUUAAAACUUUCUUUUUAGAACAAGAUCAAUUUUGGUCACUCUAGAACAGGUUGGGAGGGUGUGGGGUCUGGACCAAACUUACUCCUAGAUUGGAGGGUGGCCAUGAUGAUGGUGAAGCCUGCCUUCAUGGGUGGACGACAAUCAGGGGUGUUCGUUCCACCAGCCAGGCCCCACGAAAUCCAUUUGCAGGACUUGCUCAUCUCAUGAGCAAGCAGAGCCAGAAAAGGUAGACAGUGAUACAGAUAAGAGCCAGUAAGUGGUCUAUGCUGGGAAAGUCUGGUAGUUGGUUUUAGUCACUGAUGUGAGGCCCAAGGGCUAGACUAUAAUCCCUAGGAAAGUGACUGGCAAUAAUAAGCCAAGGUUUUUUGUUUCUGUUUUUGUUUUUUUUAAAGAUAAGGGGUUUUAUUAUGGGAUCUAGGAUACAAAGUAAAGAGUGGGCCUCAAAAAUAAAGCAGAAGCCCAUAUUUCAGAAUUAAGAUAAAGUUGAGAUUUAUGGCAAAGAUAACUGGCAUGAAAGGUCACAGAGCCUGGCUUAGGGCAGAGUCUACAGAUAGGAGUUAGAAGUUCUCAAGAAAGGAGAGUCAGGUUCUGGAAGGGCCUGUCACAUAGACACUGUCUAUGAAUGAAGAGAUGGGUGACAUUUUUUCCAUAAGUGGUAUUAAGAUUAGAGGUUUUAUUCCUGACCAGGAUCAAAGUCAGUUACCUCUAAGAGCAACAUCAUGUUAUAGAAGCAAACAUGUGAUGCCUUUAUGCUUCUACACUUCUUUGAAAUAGUAAGAUUAUGCUUUAAGUUCUACAAAGUGUGAUUAAAUGUAUUGUUCAUAUUGAUUAGUCAAAGGAUUCUUUGUCCUAUUAAGAGGGCAUAAGGCUCACAUUAACAGCAUAUUUUUUUCUCUGUCUGCAUUUAUUAGUCAUGAUCAGUGAACAAAUAAACCAAAGUGAUACUUAGAAAGUUUGUUUUUAGUAUUUCCCACUAGUGUGGACUCUGUGCUUCACCUUUAGGCAUCCAUUGCUUCCCAGCCUCUCCCUUACUGAGCCAGGGGAGACUGUAGGACGACUAGUGGGUCAGCAGCCUGGGUAACUGGUCACAGUUCCUUGACCUUCAGUGAAUCAUUUAUCUCUAGAGCUUGAGCCUCCUCAGCUGUAAAAAUGAAGGUUUUACACUGGCAUUUACAAUGUGUUUCAACUACAUAAAGCGAAUGCUUUGGAUUAAUUUUAAGUAUUAAUGAGAUAUUUCAUUAAAAAUAAUUUAUUUUCUUGGAGUUUAAAAGAGCAUUGCAGGAGUUGGUUUGAAUGGCAUGUAUUUCUAGAAAUGUUCCGGGUAGUUUGGAUGGAUGCCUUUGGCUUUAGUGCAUUUCUGGUAGAGGUGUUCAGAGUAGUUCCACUGGUGAUAGCAUUUCCCUUGAGGUUGAUGUCUUAUAAAAGUAGAAUAUCUAAGUGAAGUUUUCAACCAGAGAUGUUCAGUGUAGAGAGAUGAAAAAUUAUAGUAACUAGAAUCAUUCAUAGAGUGCUGCCAGUCUUGGAAGGAGCACUUGAGAGGCAAGAUAAGACUGCCAAGGGCAUGCACUGGCAGUAAAAGGCAACCGUGUACGCUACCCUGAGGAGACAGGGAGGAGAGAGUUGGUGAGAGGGCGAGGACUGAACUCCUUCCUGUGAGUCACAUUUCAGAAAAGUUUAAUACAUUUAUGAAAGCUCAGCUGUGUUCUCUUUGGGCCAACACCGUGUGUAGACACACGGGAGACCCCUCGAACUUACAGGCCAAGGCACAGGAGAGGGCCCGUUAAAUUAUACCUAGGGAUCUGAGGGACCCAGUGGUCUGUUGACUUACAGUUUUUUGGGUUUGGAAGACAAGAGUCUUUCAGCUUAUUUCCUCCUUGGAGAGAAGGUCAAAGACUUAAAUGGCUCAUAUUAAGCUCAUAUUAAGUGUUUACUAUGAGACCUUCAGUCGGCUAAGCAGUUUAGUUGGAUUAUUACUUUUGAUCUUGACAACAACUCCAGGAGAUAGGUACUCUUCUUAGCCUCUGCCUUCUAAAUGGGAGACUAAAGUAUAGAGGCCUUAAACUUAGUCAGCAGCCCACCUGGGAUUCAAGCCCUAAGAGUCUGGCCUGGAGCCCUUGCUCUUAACCACUGUACUCCAUUACCUUGUGUUCAGUGGGCGAGUUCUGACUCUGGAACAUUCUGCAUGGGAUUCUCCUGUACACAGGGUAGCCUGGGGUCGGGUUUGAGAUGGUGAGAGCAUGUAAUAUUGCUUUGACUUUUUCAUGGUCUGUGUAUUCAUUUCCUGUAAGAAGUCAUCGCUAAUUUCGUAGCUUAAAACAACACAAAAUUAGCUUACAGUUCUGGAGGUCAGAAGUCUGAAAAUGGGUCUUGUGUGCUAAAAUCAAGGUAUUUUCAGGGCUAUAUUUCUUCUGGAGGCUGCAACGGAGAAUCUGGUCCUUGCCUCUUCCAACUUCUAGAGACUUUCCAUAUUCCUUUGCCUGUGUCCCCCUUCCUGCAUUCACAUGGCUUCAGUCUUUGCUUCUGUCAUCACAGCUCCUUCUUGGACUCUCCUGUCUCUCAUAAAGCUCUUUGUUACACUGGUCCUGCCUGGAUGGUCCAGCAUAAUCUCGCCAUCUCUAGAGCCUUAACUUAAUCACAGCUUCAGAAUCACCUUGCCAUGUAAAGUAGUAAAUUGGGAUACUCACAUUGUACAGAGACAGAGGUUAUUGAAUCUUUGGGAAUUGUUAUUUAUAAAGCACUGGACUAUGGUUUGAAGGAGAAUGAAGAAAGGGAGUUAAGCCCACCCCUAGAGCAGCUCAUUGAUCACAUGGCCAACACGGUCGAAGCUGAUGGCAGCAAUGAUGAGGGCUAUGAGGCUGCGGAUGAAGGCCUGGAAGAUGAAGAAGAUGAAAAGAGAAAAGUCUCAGCCAUCCGGUCAUAUAGAGAUGUCAUGAAGUUAUGUGCUGCUCAUCUGCCAACUGAAUCAGAGGCACCAAAUCAUUAUCAGGCAGUAUGUCGUGCACUGUUUGCAGAAACAAUGGAGCUGCAUACAUUUCUGACUAAAAUUAAGAGUGCAAAGGAGAAUCUUAAGAAGAUUCAAGAAAUGGAAAAGAGUGAUGAAUCUAACACAGACCUGGAAGACCUGAAAAAUGCUGACUGGGCUCGAUUCUGGGUACAGGUGAUGAGGGAUUUGCGGAAUGGAGUAAAACUUAAGAAGGUCCAAGAGCGGCAGUACAACCCUUUGCCCAUUGAAUAUCAGCUCACCCCGUAUGAGAUGCUAAUGGAUGACAUUCGAUCUAAAAGAUACACUUUGCGAAAAGUAAUGGUGAAUGGUGAUAUUCCCCCUCGGUUAAAAAAAAGUGCUCAUGAAAUCAUCCUGGACUUCAUCAGAUCAAGACCCCCUUUAAAUCCGGUCUCAGCCAGAAAACUGAAACCCACUCCACCACGGCCACGGAGCCUCCAUGAAAGAAUAUUAGAAGAAAUCAAAGCAGAAAGAAAGCUGCGGCCUGUCUCCCCAGAGGAAAUUAGACGGAGCAGAUUAGCAAUGCGGCCACUUAGCAUGUCUUACAGUUUUGACUUGUCAGAUGUAACUACUCCCGAAUCUCCAAAGAACGUUGUGGAAUCAUCAAUGGUGAAUGGAGGUUUAACAUCACAAACAAAAGAAAAUGGGUUGCGCGCUGCACAGCAGGUGCCUGUGCAGCGGAAGAAGCUCCUCAAAGCCCCAACUCUGGCUGAACUGGACAGCUCAGACUCUGAGGAGGAAACUCUGCACAGAUCAGCCAGUAGCAGCAGUGUGUCUCCCUCUUUCCUUGAAGAUCCCUCAGUAGAGGCUGUGUCCACGAGGAAGCAGCCUCCGAAAUUCUUGCCCAUAUCAUCAACACCCCAGCCAGAGAGACGGCAGCCACCCCAGAGACGACAUUCCAUUGAAAAGGAAACACCCACUAAUGUAAGACAGUUUUUGCCACCCUCCAAGCAGAGCUCCCGAUCUCUUGUUCCUAGGAUAACCAGUGUAUGGCCAAGGACGCCUUUCCGACCACUUUUUUCUACCAUACAAACAGCUUCUCUGCUCAGCUCUCAUCCUUUUGAAGCAGCCAUGUUUGGGGUAGCAGGGGCUAUGUAUUAUCUAUGUGAGAGAGCUUUUACCAGCAGGUGGAAAUCCUCAAAGGAGGAAUUCUGCUAUCCAGUGGAAUGCCUAGCUCUUACUGUGGAGGAAGUGAUGCAUAUUCGUCAGGUCCUGGUGAAGGCAGAGCUGGAAAAAUACCAACAGUAUAAAGAUGUCUACACCGCCCUGAAAAAAGGAAAGCUCUGCUUUUGUUGCCGAACCAGGAGAUUUUCCUUCUUCACCUGGUCUUAUACCUGUCAGUUCUGUAAGAGGCCCGUGUGUUCACAGUGUUGCAAAAAGAUGCGGCUGCCCUCUAAACCAUACUCCACUCUUCCCAUCUUUUCAUUGGGACCUUCUACCUUGCAAAGAGGGGAAAGUUGCAUGAGGCCAGAAAAAACCCCCACUGGCCACCAUCGCCCACUCCGGAGCAUUGCCAGGUUCUCCUCAAAAUCUAAGUCUGUGGACAAAUCAGAUGAAGAACUACAGUUUCCCAAAGAGUUGAUGGAGGACUGGAGUACUAUGGAGGUGUGCGUAGACUGCAAAAAGUUCAUUUCGGAAAUCAUCAGUUCGAGCCGGCGCAGCCUGGUGUUGGCCAACAAAAGAGCACGAUUAAAAAGGAAAACACAGUCUUUCUAUAUGUCCUCACCGGGCCCCUCAGAAUACUGCCCUUCAGAGAGGACUAUCAAUGAAAUCUGAGCCUGUGCCUUUCGGUUGCUUUGUGUUCAGAGUCGGCACUAGCGCGGGAGAAACACUGAGCUGCACUGUCUCCUUGCCGCGGUCUUAGUUAAUAGGCUUGAAUUCGCAUUAGAUCAGGUUUUUGCUGCGUCACGUUGUUCCACAGACUGAAUGCUGUGUUCAUAUCGAUUGAUGGUAUGUGACAGGUCAGCCGAUUGCUCCUUUGCACUGAGAGAUAACAAUAGUUUGAAACUUGCUUGUGUGUGUGUGUGUGUGUGUGUGUGUGUGUGUGUGUGUGGAUUUGGAGGCCAGAAACUUUUUCCUUAGUUCAGUUCCUUACUGUUCCCUCAGAUAAUUUCCUGACUAAGGCAAAAAGCUUCUCAUGUGAGAAAUCAGCCUCACAAAGGCAUCGAUGUCAGCACAGUCCUAAGCAGUAAGUCAUAUUGGCAUUUCCACCUGACAGUGUUCCUAUCUAAUGUACAUAGUGACCAGGCCCCGCCACACACCAGGUACCUGGAGUCGGGGCCAGGCUGCUCAUCAUCUCAUGGCACAAAACCUGGAAGGGUUUGCUCAUACUGUCAAACUGACUUUAAAUUAUUGUUGCUCUGAGAUAAAGACUCCGAGGGACUUCACGCCUGCAUUCUAGUGCAAAACAUCUGGAUAAGCCGUACACCCAAGUGGGUGACCGUUUUCCUCCAAGCUGCUGUGUUUGCCCCAGUGCAAUGGAUCAGUGUCUCCUGAGUGGGUGACAGGUUUUCAUUCCCUUUCUUGAAUGUAUUAUGGUUACUUGUAGUUUUGCAACAGAGGUCUAAAAAUUAAAGUUUUGUGGGAGUUUCAGGAGAAAGGAACGCCAAAAGUCUGUCAAGAAGUUGAGUGUGUUUUGGGUAACUAUGGGGAGGGUUGUGACCGCACAGGGUGCCAGCUAUUGCCACGCCACGGGGACUGAGCUGGAGCUCUUCCGUUUUCAGCUACAUUUUUCAUAACUUUAUAGUCUUAGCCAUCACGACUAAAUCAAGCCACAAUUUGGUAUCUAAGGUCUCAAAUUGAAAUUAAUUUAUUUUUAUAAAUGAAUUUUAAGGGAAAAAACAUUGUCUAAUUCUUUUAAAAUUACAAGAAAAUUAACCCACCAAUAGGCUUUUUGGAUGCUUUUUGCACAAGUUUUCCUUGUAAAUGACUGGAGUGAGUAGGGUGGGUUUUUGAUGAAGUAGGUUGGAGGAUGGCAUUAUAUACCUGAAAUUUCUCCGCUUGUUUGUCCCAUUCCAGGAGCUGUACUUUAUUAUUUUAGUAUGCUUAGAAAUGACCAAAUUGCCGUUGAUGUUUGGAAAAUCAGUGAAUGCACAUACGCAAUAAUUUCCUGAAAGCUAUAGGACACGCCUGUAGUCAGCACUGCAACAGCACCAUUACAUAAGAGGCAUGGCAGUCACAUUUCAUACCACAGCAGAGUAGAGUAACAUUUCUAUAUUAGAUUAACAGUAAUACCUCAGAACUGCUCUGGUAGUAGUUUUUAAUGGAUUGAAAUUUACAAUUUAGUAAAUGGCUUAAAAUUACUUAUACUUAACGAAAUAAACUUUACCAAUUGACUAAAAUAAUGCAUGUUAACAGUUCGUCUGUGUUUGCAUGUGAAAGUGGGCCACCAGAGAACUCUUAUUGAGUUUGCAAGUGUUUAAAUUAUUUUAAAGACUCUUGUGUAAGAGAUUUAAACAUUAUAUUGGGCAAAUCUAAUUUAUAACAUUUUCCAAGGGACUAUUUGGACUCUGUACCCCAGAAGGUUUGGUGGAAGCCAUGCCCUUUGAGGGCCCCAGGCUUGGACCUCUAAAUGACUACCAGGAAAAGGAACGGUAUGUGUAUACAUAUAUAGACAUGACCCAAGAUAGUGUGCUUUUUAAAAUAAUGACUAGUUUACUGCUGUUACUAAAACAUAAGAAACUAAGCCCCCCAAAUGAGAAAUUCGUUUACAUUCACAAGGCAGAUAUCUAGCCUCUCUCAAUCUUUGGCUUCACCUCUUCAGGUUUAUGAUACUGUAUGGGCUGAUUUAGGCAUGAUCACUCUUACCAGAGCAUUAGAAUGUAAAUCCUUCAGCAGUAUUAACGAGGUUUGUGAAAUGGAUGGUAUGUCUGCUUGAGACAGUUUGCAGAAAGUAGUGUAAGAAGAGGGCAUGUGGCACAGUUAAACUUGCAGACGUUGAAUUAACAUCACUUUUUGUUGCCAAAACAAUUUCUUACAUUUACCCUUUCCUUACCCAUGACAUGUACCCAUCACCUCGACUAAGUUAGGUAAUCUGCCGAGGGUGAUUCACCAACAGCUUGUGGAGCAUGGUUGCACCAUCCUUAGCCUAGUCUGACAUUAGGACUGCCUCCCUCUUCUUAACUACUAAAAUAACAUACCGUCACAGUGUUCCUUUUUUUUCCUGGUUUCCGGCCACUGGGCAUUUAUACCUGAUCCAGCAACAACAAAUUAUUGGCUAGCUGGUCUCAAAAGGAGCCUGGUGUGUCUGAGAGCUCGCACGCACACUGAAGCAGCCCUUGGUGCAUCCUCCAGCACCGUCCUUUUGUCCCAGACCGCACGAGCUUGCCCUGCUGGGAGGUGGUUCCUUCCCCACGGCCUAACUUUCUACCCAUGUCAGAGUGGUUAAGAAUGCUUGUAAAUAGUGUAAUAUAUUUAUUAAUAUUUGAAAGGCAUUCAUUCAGUGGACAAUGGGAAUUAACUCUCCCAGGGCAAGUAAAAAUUAAGUCAAAUAAUUGAUAUGUACAUUGACUUAACAGUCUUACUAGAUUUCAAGUCUUAAGCCUUUCAAAUUAAACCAGAAGUUUGUUAUGUAGGAGUUUUAAAAAUGAUCUUACUUUUGAGGAGACUGUGUGAUUAGCACCGUGAACUCAUACCAUGAAUUUUUUAAGGCUUUUAUUUUUCUAACUGUAUUAAUAAAUAUAGGACUGGAUUUUAGGUGCCACAGAGGAGACAUGAGCGUUUUAAAUUAUGUUGCUAUUUGCUAAAGCAAAAUGGCAGAAAAUUUUGUUCAUGCAAAACUGUACACUGACUGGACUUUGACCUGGCUUCCUGUGUGUAUAAAAGUCAAGGUAUUGCUGGCAUUCAGGGUGACAUAUUGGUACUAAACAUUUUCCAUUCAAGUCUUUUAUUUUAAAUAAGUUUAGGGAAAAAUAAAAUGGCUUUCCAUCAUAA